CUCGUAAUAUGACAAUGCACACAAAACGCACAUAAUAUAAAAGUAACUCGAACAUAAUACGACAGUAUAAACUAGGUCGCGAGGAUGUUCAUUUUGUUCUGUUUUAUAUCUACGGUUGCAGCAUAUUAUGUACAAGAGCAUCAUUUAUUACAUCGAUGUCCGAGAAACGAACAUUUCGUUGGAAACAGCACCGACUGCCCGAUAACAUGUUCGAACCGAUAUCAGACAGUGCCGGGAGAUUCGUGUGAAACUUACUCGGGAUGCGUAUGCGAUGAAGAUCGGGUUCGGCUAUUCGAUGAUGCUACUGGACCUUGCGUUUCGACGGAUUCGUGUCCGCCAGAUCCAGUUUACUGUGGGCCACACGAAGAACCGACAGAAUGUGAGAAUAUCUGCUUAGAGUCUUGCGCUCAUGUUUAUUCUAACGAAAUCUGCAUCGCCAGUAACCUUUGCAUCCCUGGAUGCAAAUGUACUAAAAACCACUUGAGAAACCAAUUGGGAAUGUGCGUUCCGCGUGAUUACUGCCCAGAUUCGAACAUCUGCUCGCCAACGUGCGCUCAACCUAAUCCACCGGACUGUCCUAAUAUUGAUCGUAAUGUAUGCGAACCUGGUUAUAUAUUGUCUGAGAUCGGAGGCGUCUGCAUAAAGAUCGAAGAUUGUCCUGCUGAUGCAUCCUGCAAUUCUGACCCGAAUGCUAUAAUCGCUCAGUGCCCACAACCGUGUCCUUCGACGUGUGAAGCCCCUAAUGCUGUUCCGUGCAAGAAAAUGUGCGAACCCGUCGGAUGUGAAUGCAAGCCCGGCUUCAUCCGGUCAAAGGUCAACGGCAAAUGCAUUUUACUUGAUCAGUGUCCUGGAGGCAAUCCCUGUGGAGACAACGCGACUUUCAUGAAUUGUCGGGUACCUUGCAUAACAGACUAUUGUCCCGUUAACGACACCAGAGGCGAGGUCAUUUGCGAUAUACCCAACCCUUGCCUUUCUGGAUGUGUUUGUAACUCCUACUAUAAGCACCGAAGCGUCAAUGACAAUCAAUGUAUCCCGGCCAAAGAGUGUCCACCGGUCAAGUGCACCAGACCGAAUGAAGUCUGGGACUCUUGUCCAUCGACGUGCCUAUACGAGAACUGCAACGAUGUGGACAAUCCGAAUGUAGUGUGCGAUGACAGUUGCAAAGCCGAACCCCGUUGCGUGUGCGACGAGAAUCAUUUUAGAAACAACGACGGAGUGUGUGUACCAGCUGAAGAAUGUCCUUCCUACGUCAUCAAUACUGAACGCUGAUGGAAAACGAAUGGUAUUUGUUAAAAUUGUAACUAUUACAAAAAGAUUAAUAAUAAAGAAAAUAUAAACUGCC